AUGGGGUGUGGGCAUAGCGUUUCUACAGAAGCCAAGCAAAGCCCUACUAGUCGUGUCCCAACAACUAAAGCACCGAUUAAACUCUUUUAUCUCCCAGGAAAUGUUAAAAUUACAUUGACAAAGUUAGUUUCUGCGGGUGUGAUGAGUUCCGAAGCGACAACGACAUCUGCUGGAAAUUUCAAUCUCAAUGCAAGAUUUAUUGAUAUUCCAAACCAACGUUCUGUUAGAAAAUUUUGGACCAAAGAAAUUACAAGCAAAACAGUGGAUUGUGCAAUGUUUAUAUAUCUAGCAGAUAUACGAGAAAAGCCAACAAUGCUUUUGAACAUCAAAACACUCAAUUGGUUAUUGAAACAAAUCGAUCAAAAAGGACAGUUAUAUAUUGUAAUAAUAUGUAGCAACGAGCUAGAGCUCUCUGAAUUUAAAUCACACAUAAGUGCACCAGAUCUAGAUUUAAUUGUUAUCAAAGAUUCAGAUCCUGAAACUGUUAUCCAAUUUACUGAAGUUGUCACUGGUGAAAUCAUCAAAUUCAACGAAAGAAAGAGAAAAUACAAUGAGGCAUCUCCAAGAACACGCUAA